AUGGGUGUAGACCCGGACACACCCACAAGGCAAACUCGUGUCAGCCCCAGACUGCAGCCCGUCAGUCUCCGCAGAGCACCGCCGAGGGAGCGUUGGCAGUGUCCAGAGUUCCAGAGAAACAGAGAGGGGUUCCCUGCUUCGCUGGAAAAACUACGGCAGCUGAUAGAAGCCAAAGUUCAUAUCCUACAAUCCCCCAUCACUGAGGAACAGCAGGCUCUGGUGUGUGAGGAGACCGCAGGGAGAGGAGGACUGUGGAGGUUUGCUGUUUUGAGUGAGGAGCUGACCUUUCACCUCCAGCAGCUGCAGAGACAGACAGAGCAGGAGCUCAGCAACAUACACACACAACUCUUGCAGAUUGAAGGCCGCCAGCAGCUGCUGACCACUGAGCUUUGUAAUCUUCAGGAGAAGAAGAAUCUAACUGAACAAGCGCUCAGGAGAAACUCCAGCCUUCAGGCGUCCACUUUUCAGCUGUGUGCUUGUCGUGAGCUUCAGGCCUCCAUCACCGAGCGAUUGCUCCAAUCAGAGAGGCUGGUCUUCCAAGAGGAGGCACUGAGCGAGCUCCAUAACCUGCUGACCCAAGACCUGCAGAGGUACCAGGAAGAGACGCAGAGGCUGACCGCUUUCACACAGAAAAUACUCAGACAGUCCCACAGGUCAGACAGAGAAGAAACGUUCACCAGCAGACAGAGUGACAGCAUGCAGGGAAAGAACGAGACCGAGCAAGAAAACAACAUGCACUCGCCUGAGUCCACUUCUUCCAAAUCACCACUUAGUUUUUGCAAGACCACCAACGUGGAAGAGGCAGAGCCCUGGAGGGCCGGUCAUAAAAAAGCAUCUACAGGCCUGUCCCGCAGUUCAAACCUGUAUCGAGCCAGCAGCAUCAAAGACCUGAUCAGUAAAUUCUCUGGUACGGAUCGCGUCUCUUCUUCUGGAUCCACACAGAGCCCCUCUUCUGGCAUAGGGCUAGUCCCAAAGUCUAAAUCCGUAGAAGCUCUCGAGUCUCCAAAGUCCAAGUCCAGUCCGUUCACGACGAGCAGCAUCGGACCAGGAGAGAGUUCAGUUCCCAGCAUCACUGUGACUCCCCCAUCCAGGGGCAGCACUCAAAACGGGGAUCAGUCGGCUCAGAGAGACACCAGAACUAGUCAGAUCACUGCAAGAAUCGAUUGUCCAGUAGGAGGCGGCACUGAGAAGACUGAUUUAAAACCUGGGAACAAAACAGAGACCACAGACUCUGGUAGAGACUCAGUGGCUGACUCCGGCAUGGGAUCGCAGCCAGACAGCCCGUCCGAGGAGGAGCCCUCCACACCCCGGGCCGUGUCGACCAGCCACAACCCGAAGUAUCAGCUGUUCCUUAACAACGACUUGGUGACCAACGGGGUGAGCGGCAAGGACGCAGACAAUCCGGGAAGCGGCGGGUCGUUGGGGGAGAACGGUCCCAGACUGUCCCGAUGGGAGACCACCCGGCCGGGGCUGAACCACUACCGAGGGUCCCUGGAGUCCCUGGCCUCGCGGGACUGGGACACUGCGUCUGACAGGUUGGGUGUGGUUGACAGCCCUCCCAGGGUGUUCAACAGUCCGUACGCCACGGCCACCUCCAUGGAUUACAACCCCAUGUACCGAGUGUCUGAGUUCAAGGGUGGACUGUCUCCUGCCACCUCAGAGAUGAACCUGUACAGCUUCAACAGUCGCAGCACCAGUCCAGUGGGCCUGCCCACACCCACCCUCACCUCUCCCCGCCCCCGAUUCUCCGCCUACGACAGUCUGGUGAAGAGAAGGACCGAGAUCAACAACACUGUGGUGCCGACCCACUACAGCAUGCGCUCUGCCACUCUUGGGUCCCCCAAUAGAAAAGACUACAUAGAGGAGUUGACCAAACAGCUGGACACCUGCCAGAAGCGUAACCAGUUCCUGGAGGCAGAGAGUGUGGAGAUGGAGAAGGAGAGGAACCAGAUCAGGUUUGAGAUGCGUGGCCUGCUGGUGAACAACGAGGACCUGCUGAGGACCAACACUCAGCUGAACAAUGAGAUGAAGAGGAUGAGAGAGCAGAUGCUAGAGUUGGAGAGAGAGAAGCAAUCCAUGGGCGAAAAAUACCGAGAGAUGGAGAUUGAGGUAAAGGAGGCCCGGGAGGUGAUGGUGGAGGCCAACACUCAGGAGUACGCCUUCAAUUUUCUCCAGCAGUCUCUCAAAAACAGGAUCCAGGACGCUGAGGAGAACCUGGAGAAGCAGACGCAGCGCGCUCAGGGUCUGUCUGAGAAGUUGUGGCUGGCGGAGAGACAGCUGGAGGAGCUGGAGGUCGACAAAGACACCAGAGACAAGAGGACAUCCGAACUCAACAGCACCAUCCUCAGGCUGGAGACAGAGCUGGGAGAGGCCCUGCAGGCGUCCACACAGUCUGCAGCAGAGCUGAACCUGCAGCAGAAGCUGCGUGAGGACAGCGAGCUGAGGGUGGAGGAGAUGGAGGAGUCUCUGCUGGAGAAGGAGCAGGAGUUGGAGAGACUGCAGACCCUCGUCAACAGACUGCAGGGAGAGGUCUCUGGUAAGCUGAUUGAUAAGGAGCGGACACUGGAGGAGGAGAUCCAGCUGAGAGAGAGGAUACAGCUGCAGUGUAAGCAAGCGGAGAGGAUGGUGGACGACCUCCAGAUGGAGCUGCAGAGCACCAACCAGACCAGAGAUGACCUGGUCAAACAAGUCAAACAGGCUCAGGAGAAGAUGAUCGACCUGGAGAGCGACCUGGAGGAGCUGCACGACAGUGAGCAGAGAUGGGCCGCCAAACACAAGAGAGCUAUCGAACAGACUGAGCAGCUGCAGCUGAAGCUGAUUCAGGAGAAAGAUCUGAACGACCUGCUGGAAACUGACAAGGCUGCCAUGGAGAGACAGCUGCGUGAGCUGCGUCUGGAGGUGGAGGAGCUUCAGAGCUCCAGAGUUCAGGAGGACGUCAUCUCCAGGGCGGAGAGCAAAGUCAAAGAGCUGGAGAACACCCUGAGGGCCGAGGAGAGGAACAAAUCUGUUCUGACAAACACCAUCAACAAACUGGAGAGGAGGAUCAACGAGCUGAGCGACCAGAUGGAAGAGGAACACAGGAUAGCUACUGAACAGAAAGACCUGAUGACCCAGAGGAUGCGCUCGCUGAAGCGCCAGCUGAACGAGGCGGAGGAGGAGGCGAGCAGGAAGGAGGCGCAGUAUCGCCACACCCAGAGAGAGCUGGCCGAGGAGAGGGAGACCAGCGGCCGGCUGCAGAGGCAGCUGCUCGACCAACACCUGCAGACAAAACGUAAGGACACUCUGACGAUUCGCCAGACUCUGGACAGCCUGAAGCUGGACCUGAGCGUUGACGACGAAGACGAGGAUCAGCUGCCGCAGCAGGAGGAGACGACCAUCACCAAAGUGUGAACCGUCCCGCUCCUCAUUCCGUCAUCACAAAACGUAGAGCAGGCUACACCUUUCACUGACGGUGCAGUCAGGGUGUGGCAACAUGGGACGUUUCUUUAAUCCUGCCAGCACCACUCGAUUACAGGAGGCAUCUGCGGGUUGCUCAAGACAAAGUCCAUUCUUCCAAAAACCAAAAAAACAACAGCGACCAAACCAAUCAGUCCUCCAGGAUAUUUUCCUCUAUCACUGUUGGCUCCAUCUUUGUUAUUUCCUAACCAUCUCCUGGAAAUGUCCUGGAAGGAACUGUGUAAUCUGGUGCUAAUUAUAGAAAAAACAGAGACAAAAGCAUGAAUUGUCUUUGAAUUUGAAUAUUUGUCUUCCAUUUAAACACAACUGUUUAACAUGUGUGCAUGUGGUUCAGCUGACCUCCCAUAUACACGACUAAAACAGCUCUAGAGGUUAAAGCGGAUGUUGGAAUGAAUUGGACGUGUUGCAGGUGACUCUGUGCGGAUGGUAUUUUCUCUAUAAUUAGCAUCAAGUUACAAAGUUCUUUCCAGGGAAUUUCUCAAGAAACGCUUGGGAAAUUACCUACAUUACAUGAUUAUCUUUCUCUCUCGGUGACCAGAAGGAAUUAAAACAGUAAUCCAUGUACAUAAAAGAAUCACAAAGAAGCUCCUGGUGGACUCGCUGUCAGUGUGACGGAGCCGGACACAUUCACACACCUCUCAGCAAAGUCAGAUGCCUCUUUUGACAUGAACGUUGUCUUUUCUCCUUCUUUUCCAUAGAAUGUUAAAUAGAAUCAUGUUCCGCUUGUUUGCCAAAAAUAAUGACUGUACAGGAGCUUGGUGCAGAGAGCGGGGAAAACCUACUGCUGAUAAUGACGGCGUGAUGAGGGUUUGAUAAAGGUGCCUUGUAGGUCUGAAUCUGGUCUUGAAGUUGCUGGAACAGACAGCUGGAGUCUGUUCAAAUGAGCUUUGAACAGCUAGAAGCACAGUUUUGAGUGCGAAUUUCAUCAUCAUGCACAAAAGCUCUGUGGCCUUCAAGUCUGAGCAGACGCUUUAAACUCUGUUAGACUUCAGUUUGAUGACACUUGGAGCGGGACUGAUUUUAAUCACGUCUGUCGAGGUUUAGAAAACAAAGUGCAGCCUGGAGGGCUCAGUGGUUCCCUGUAAAUCUGACAAACCUCUCUGACUUUACAGCGUUUGUUUUUAUUUAGUGGAGCUUUACUGACAGGUCUGUCGUGAGGGGUUUUCCAUUUUCCAUAUUCAUCACACAUUCAUCUGCAGUAUUCGAACAUAUUCUACACUGAUUGCUGACAUAUUCCAGGGUAAUGACACUCAUCAUGGUGUAACUGUGGGGGAGGGCUCUUUGGAUGUGAUUGUAGCUGUUUUUGAUUCACACACACAAACAAUUGCCGGAUUAUUUAUAUGCUGAACACUUUUUUGUUAAUGUUGUUGCUAUGAUUUGAAGAUUAUUGAAUUUUCUGUAUUGGUAAGUGCGCACAGGGCAGAAAGAUAUUUUAGAGAAUGAAAUUUCGUAUGAUUUUAGCGAUCAGUUUUUAGGGGGCUUGCUGCUGUAUUGAUGGAACUGUGCCUCCCACAUUCAGUAGAGAUUGAGAGUGAAUGGGUAAGAUCUGCUAAGAAGACAGAAUAUCUCAGUACACACUUGGCUUUAAUCUGCAUCUUUGUUAAUUAUAUUUUAUCCGAAUUCACUCACUCCGGACAAAAAAAAACAAACAAAAAAUAUAUUUUAAAUGCUUAAAAGUGUAAUAGCUGAGACGUUUUAGUUCUCAGAAGUGAAAUAAAUGUCUAAAUACAGUUUGGAUCCAAGAUGUGUGGAACUGGAAAAGUGUGGAAGAGGCAGGAAAAGAAAACCAGAUAACUGUGUUAGUAGCACAGUUUAUAUGCUAUGUGGUUCAUCUGUUUAACGCUUUAAUUUUGCAGGAAAGAGCUUUUUUUUUUUUUUUCCAGAAGGAAACAAAGUGCUCAGACAGACAAACAGGGCUGGGUUGGUAAAUUCAAAUCAUCAGUAGAAAAUUCACUGCUUUCAUUCUCAAGUAUUGACUGUGGCUGAAAGGUUCAUCAGUGCUUUAUUUUGAAAGGACACUCACUUCCUCUUUGUGAUUGAGUCGAGCCAAACUGAACCCAGCCAUGUUAUAACAGAACUGUAUGCUCCCUGCUUGAAGGAUGUCUGUCAUUAACACAUAACCUAAAGCUAAUAUUCAGAUACACUUUGGAUUUGGAUAUGUUUACAUUUGUUGGUGGAUUUCGCUUUUUUUUUCUUUUUUUUGGAAACAGGAGCAUAAAUCACAGGUUCUGUUUGAUAUUUUCAGCUGUUGGGAAUGUAGUCGCUCCGCAGUGUUUUUUCUCCUAACAAAAGAAAGCGAUAGUGUCUACAGAUAUGUAAAAAGAAAUAGAAAACACUGACUUAUUUUUGUAAUUACACUCCACAUUCUGCUGGUUCUGUUGUUCUCGGGUAUUUAUUUUUGUUUUUCACAUUCUCUGUUUUGGUGAGAAGUUUCUUAGUACAAAAUACAAAUAAAAUCUUCACCACUGUGAA